UGCAGAUAUAGAAGCGCCAUUUCCGGCCACUGCGGCUGUCCGGAAAAUGUUAACCAGACAAAAGUGAUCAAAAUGUGCACAGCCGGCACGAUUAAGGGACCGGAAGUCUUCAUAGACACAUUAGAGGCCCGUCGGACAAUGAACAUCCGGUCGUCUGUUUGUCACUGCACAGCAACAUUCAAAGGCGUAUCGUUUUAUUCUCUUAAUAUUACGGGCCCUUCUGAAAUGUGCGGUUCCCUUUUCAAAUUUGAACAUCCAAGCGACCAUAGCUCCAAUAAUUCACAAGAAGAUUGUUCAUUUAAAGAACUUAGGACCAUCAAAGUUGGGAGUGAAAUGAUCGUUAAUAUCACAUUGGAAAAACUUCACCAACCAUAUGUGGCAGACUUUUGUGCACUCAUGAACGCAGAUCUAUGCGGCGCGGAAAACUUCCAGUGCAAAGUAGAUGGAACGUGUAUCAAUAAGGAAUUCAGAUGUGAUCAAGAGCCGGACUGCCUUGACGAUUCCGAUGAAAUGGACUGUGAAAACACAGCAAUGUGCUCUGAGGGCAUGGAAGCCUGUAUGGACGGACACGGUUGCUUCAGAAAAUCGGAUCGCUGUGACAACGUGUCGACUUGUGGAGAUCACACGGACGAGAAAGAUUGUGCAAUGUGCCCUGAGGGCAUGGAAGCCUGUAUGGACGGACACGGUUGCUUCAGAAAAUCGGAUCGUUGUGACAACGUGUCGACUUGUGGAGAUCACACGGACGAGAAAGACUGUGGAUUUCAAAUUGGGCAAAGCGACAAAGAACAAAUGCAAGAUAAAAGACCUUUGAUAGAAGUUGAAUGUUUCGAAAGCCAGUAUUUUUCUACUACCACCACAACAACUUCCACCACUACUACAACAACAAAUAAAACACAAACUGCAACAAAACCUACGACAACAACAAAACCUACAACAACAACGGCGACAACGAAAUCAACAACAGCAGCCACAACCACUUCCACUUUAACAACAACAACGACGACAAAGGCGACAACGACACCACCACUAACAUCUACAAACGACAUUAGGACAGCAGAGCAAACUAAAGAGAUUAAACCCACAAGAAAUGUUAUGAACGAAAUUACUGAAGAUAGGAGUAACAAGGAUGUUUCACCUGGUUCGAAGACUAAUACAAAGCCAACAGAGACUCCUAAAUCAUCCCUACUUACUAACCCAUGCUACUGCGGCUGUCCGGGAAAUGUUAACCAGACAAAAGUGAUCAAAAUGUGCACAGCCGGCACGAUAAAGGGACCGGAAGUCUACAUAGACACAUCAGAGGUCCGUCGGACUAUGAACAUCCGGUCGUCUGUUUGUCAUUGCACAGCUACAUUCACAGACCUAUUGUUUUAUUCUCUAAGUAUUACGGGCCCUUCUGGAACGUGCGGUUCCCUUUUCAAAUUUGAAAAUCCAAGCGACCAUAGCUCCAAAACAUCACAAGAAGAGUGUUCAUCUAAGGAGCAUAGGACCGUCAAAGUUGGGGCUGAAAUGAUCGUUAAUAUCACAUUGGACAAACUUCACCAACCAUUUGAGGCGGACUUUUGUGCACUCAUGAAGCCAGCUCUAUGCGGCGCUGAUGAGUUCCAGUGCGAAGAAGAUGGAAGUUGUAUCAGUAAGGGAUACAGAUGUGACAACUCGCCGGACUGUAGCGACGAGUCCGAUGAAAGGAACUGUAAAAAAGAAAUGUGUUCUGAGGGCAUGGUAGCCUGUACGGACGGAAAUGGCUGUUUUCGAGAAUCGGAUCGCUGUGACAACGUGUCGACUUGUGCAGAUCACACGGACGAGAAAGACUGUGGAUAUCCAAUUGAACAAAACGAUUCAGAAAAAGAUACCAAUACCGGACCUUUGAUAGAAGUUGAAUGUUUCGAAAGCCAGCAUUUUUCUACUACCACAACAACAAAAACUACAACACCUACGACAACAACACAUUUACCAACAACCCCGACGACAACAAUAACAGCAACCACAACAGUUUCGCCAACAAUAACCCCAACAGCACCGACAACGACAACAACAGCCUCAACAACAACAUUUUUACCAACAACUACCCCAACGGCAACAACAACCCCAACGACAACGACAACAACACCAACGACAACGACCCCAACGACAACGACCCCAACGACAACAACCCCAACGACAACGACAACAACACCAACGACAACGACCCCAACGACAACAACACCAACGACAACAACCCCAACGACAACGACAACAACCCCAACGACAACGACAACCCCAACCUCAACGACAACAACACCAACGACAACAACACCAACGACAACAACACCAACGACAACAACACCAACGACAACAACAACCCCAACCCCAACGACAACAACACCAACGACAACCCCACCCCCAACGACAACGACAACAACCCCAACGACAACGACAACCCCAACCCCAACGACAACGACAACAACCCCAACGACAACAACACCAACGACAACUACCCCAACGGCAACAACAACCCCAACCCAAGCGACAACAACACCGACGACAACAACACCAACGACAACAACCCCAACGACAACAACACCAACGAUUACAACCCCAACGACAACAACAACCCCAACGACAACAACAACUCCAACGACAACGACAUCAACAACUACCCCAACGGCAACAACAACCCCAACACCAACGACAACAACACCAACGACAACAACAUCAACGACAACAACCCCAACGACAACGUCAACCCCAACGACAACGACGACAUCAACAUCCACAACACAUUCACCAAAAACAACCCCGGCAAACCCGACGACAACGAAGACAAAAAGACCAGCUAAAACCACUACCACGUUAACACCGACGACAAGGACGACAACGACAUUACCAACAAGAUCUACAAACGCUAGCAUCAUGGCAGUGCCUCCUAAAGUGAUAACAGCCACAUCAAAUGAUUUUGAGGAUUUCAAUGAAGCUACGAGUAACAAGGGUACAGUUUUGACCGGUAAGAAGACCCAUGAAGAGCAAACAGUGACUCCAAAACCAUCCAUACUUGAACCAUACAUUAUAGCAUGCAUUGCCCUGGCGUGUUUGGUAGCGUUAGCCGGGACCAUUUGUAUAGCUGCGGUCAUACGGAAACGAAUGAAAGCACACCAGUCAAGAAACAUAACCAACCCCGAUCUGUAACCGAACAACUAUGAUCCAGAUGAGAUGCAGCCAUCAAAGAACUGAGGAUAACUCCGACAGAAUAUAAUUUUAAAUGCUGAUGAAUUAACUGUUAACAAAGAAUCACUAUCCGGUAGACAAAAGUGUUUCUGUGUGGAAGUCAAAAAUACAACUAAGUGAGCUGCGAUCGCUCGAGGGCGCGUGCCCGAGCUAAACCUCAGGAAAUCCGAUGUUUCGAACCCAAAUAACAUUUUAGUUAGUUAAGAAGUGCCUUAUAAUGUAUUUUAUUUCCAAACUUUGGAGUCGUCAUACCAUGAUUCGGCACCAAUAAUAAAUGUAUUACGUUGUAGAAUCCCUCAUAUGUUUAGAGGCUGUCGUAUGCUAAAUGUUUAGAUUUAAGUUUCGAAAAAUAAAGGUUGCUAAUUGG